AUGGAUUAUCAGCUGUGCCUAAGGUUUGAUAAAUUGAGAAAUUAUUUCCCCGAUGAAUUAAACAAACCUACAAAGAAUGAUAUUCAUAGUUUAGGGAAUAUUAAGGAUUAUUGCUCUAAUGGGGAAUCAGAGGGAACAGGAUGUAAGACUUAUCUCGAUAAAAUAAAUGGUGGAUGCCUAUGGUUGUUCAAGCAAAAUAUUAUUAAUAAUAUUGACAGUUUAAGUAAGGAUCAAUCUAAAGUGUUUAUUAUUUACAUUAUGCUGUGGUUAAAUUAUAUGUUAAACCUAAAGAAAGAUGAGAAAAUUAAAAACCUAAAUGGCUUUUAUACAAAAUAUAUAGAAAAUAAUACGCAUUAUACUAAUUGUAAAAAAAAUGAUAAUGAUUGUAGUAAUUUAUUAAAAGAUAAAACGGGAUAUAAUAAUUUUAAGGAGUUCAUAGAAAAAAACAAGCAUUUGAUGAAUAUUAAUAUUGAAGAUUUGUCUAAAUUUUAUGAUGCAUCCAAAUUAUUAUGUAACAUGUAUACUGAACUUGAUGCAAACGAUCCAAAAUGUGAGAAAUGUUUAGAAAAUGCUAGAAAAUUUGUUGAAAAAUAUGAAAAAAUUAAUGCUUCUGAUAUUUCUGAAGAUAGUCCUUAUUAUCAAAUAUUGUCUACAUUAUCAAAUGAGUAUAAUAACUUUAAAAAUUAUUGUAGUGCAAAUCACGUUGAUUGUAGUGAUAUUCCACUCCUUUCACCGAUAAACACAACAAAAAAAAAAUUACAAAUUUCUGAACUGAGUUUUGAAGAUACAUCAUCAAGUUUGUCGAUAGUAAACAAAUUAUUUAUAGUUUUAUCGAUAUUUGGUGCAAUAGCAAUUUUUUUUGGAAUUUCUUAUAAGUAUUCAUUAUUUGGAUUUCGGAAACAAGCUCAAAGACAACAUUUAAGAGAAAAGCUAAAAAAAUAA